AUGGCGUUCACUUGGCCCACAGUCUUCAAGGACUCUCAGAGUUACCGUUACCUCUGGGUCUCCCCCGUGGUCGCGGGAUCGGCGUGGUUUACCACGCUCACGAUCCUCCUGAUCAGGUGGCUGGCCAUCGGGCAGCCGCGGUACCCCGGCCAAGUGAACCCGGACAUUCCUUUCAUCAGCGAUAUUGCCGCAUUCACCUUCAAACCUGUCUUCGUCGCGGGGUGUACGGUCACCGGGAUCUCGUUUGCAGGGACGGUCUUCGCCGUCCACCACGUCCGCUACUCGCCCCGUUUCUACGGGCUCGUGAACGAUGCCGAAUGGAGGCAGGUGACAAGCUUUGUCGCGCUGGUCGCCGGGCUUGCUGCUGCUUUCAAUUUGUUCUUCUUGAGCGUUUUUGACACGGUGGACGCGAAUGUGCGCCACAGGUACCUGCUCAUGGGCACUUUUGGUGGGCUGGGGUUAAGUGCUCUCCUGACGACAGUGGUGUGGUGGGACCAGAUCUGGGGACCGCCGAAGUGGGCGGGUUUGCGGAGAUGGUGUCUUUUCAACACUUUCCUGGUUCUUGUCCAAUUCGUCACUGGUGUCUGCUUCAUAGGGUUCAUGUAUAGCGGCCGAUAUAGGCCAGCUGGGUUUUUGGAGUGGACUGUGACGUACUUGGGGUCUUUCUGGCUCAUGUCAUUUACUGGCUAUACGAGAUUUCGAAACGGUCAAGACCCCCAGCCCGCUACGGGAGACGAACGGCGGCCUCUACUGGCCAUAGAGUAA